AUGAGGGUUAGGAACCGCGCGUUCUUUGGUAAUCUGUUUAGAAGCGCUCGUCUGUUUAGUGACCCUUGGUGGGAAGAGGGAGCGCGAUCGCAGCCUCCGGGUUAUCAUCAUGGCCUCUCACAUGCUCACUCUUGACUCUGAACUGACAAAUCGUUGAUGCUGGGUCUAUUUUUGUAAUUUUAGUGAAGCCUGGCGAUGCGCACCAACCGUUGUCUUCUCUCCACGGUUGGAUUACACGCUCGUCAGGUACGCAUGUUUAGCUUCACAGCCACUUUCGUUGCAAUUAACUGACGGUUGGAUUACACGCUUGUCAGUCUCUUAUUGUCCAUCGAUCGGCCACGGCGAGUGGCCUUUCGCCGCCUAUAAUCCUGACCGCUUUUUUAUUAUUUAG